AUGGAAUCUGGCGAGGAUUCUCCGUUAAGCGUCCUGUGUGAGUUGAGCAUCCAAAUAGGGACAUUGCUGGCGAUAAUUGUCGGGGCGUUGCUGUUAAAAAGAGUUAAGUGGUUUCUUCCAGUAGACGCGAACGUCAAUGAUAUUAUCAAGGACAUUAUCACAACAACAGAAGAAUAUUCAAAUUGCGAGUCUCCGAGUUGUAUUCGUUGUCAGAAGUACAGAGAGUUACAUAGAAACCUUCUACCCAGAUUAGAAGAAUUUGCAAAAAUGCAUUCUUGGCAUGGUUUGGAAAGAAUUCUAAGCGGGUGUGAGGAAGCUGAAAUUCAUCGCAAAGCACAGGAAGUGACGUUGCAGCAGCCAAAUGUGUUCUUUCUUCCGGGUCUGUUUGCUUCCCCCUGGCACGAAAAUGUUCAAAAGAGGGACGUCCGAAGAAUUAAAGGAGAGUUCCCUGUGAUUUUAAGAGACUUUGAAAGCAUAUAUAGAGAACACCAAUCUGGUAAUACGCAGGGUUGGACUGUUAACAAUGUGCCUACUGGAGAAUGGAGUGUUUUUUAUUUAAUCAAUCAAGGGAUCAGAAACGCGGAUAAUUGUCGUAAAUGUCCCAAAACGGCACAUAUUAUCGAUCAGUUGGAAUCCAUCAUGGAAGACACGGUAUUUGGAAAUGUAGUGUUCUCAGUUCUACAACCGGGCUCUCAUAUUACAGAACACUAUGGACCAUGUAACCUAAGAAUACGCUGCCAUUUAGGUCUAAUUGUUCCACCAAAAUGUCAUCUUACUGUUGCUGGGGAAACCAGAUGUUGGGUACAAGGAGAAUGUUUCACAUUUGAUGACUCUUUCCUUCAUGAAGCAAGGCAUGAUGGGAAACGAAGCGAUGGACCAAGAGUUGUAUUUAUGGUAGAUUUAUGGCACCCAGAUGUGACCGAGCUGGAGAAGAAAGUCUUGAAAACCUUGUUUAAGAUGAACGAUUGAAGCUUUUAAACUGAUUGUUGGUUCUUACCAAGUUUCAGAAAAUGAAAAACAAUGGAGUAUAGUUUUUACACUCACUGUACCAAACUGAAAUGUUAUUUCAUUUCAAAAUACCUCACAAUAGCAAUAAAAAUUUAAUUUGUUUACUUC